AUAAAAAAAAUAAUAGUAAAAAUUACUUUAAUUAUAAUAUUUAUAUAAAUUAUAAUAAAUAUAAUUUUAUAAUGAUAUUUAUGUUAAUUAUAUUAAAAUUCAAUGCACAAUUUGUUAAUUGUGAUAAUUUAGAUCAUGAAGGUAAAAUAAUACGAACUAGUGGUGAUAUUAUAUUAGGUGGUAUAUUUCCAAUGCAUGAGCAUGAUGCUAAUAAUAAAGAAUACCCAUGUGGUGCUAUUAAAGAAGAAAAAGGUGUUCAACGUUUAGAAGCAAUGUUAUAUGCAAUUGAUUUAAUUAAUAAUGAUUCAAAUAUAUUACCAAAUAUAACAUUAGGUGCAUUGAUUAUUGACUCAUGUAGCAGUGAUACAUAUGCUUUAGAACAAUCAAUGGAAUUUGUACGAUAUUAUAUGAACCAGGAUAUGUCUGAAUACGUUUGUGAGAAUGGAAAACCCCCUUUAUUUAAACCACAUAAACCAGUUUCUGGUGUAAUUGGAGCAUCGUUUUCAGUUGUAUCAAUAAUGGUUGCAAAUAUUUUGCGAUUAUUUAAGAUUCCUCAAAUAAGUUAUGCAUCAACAAGUACUGAACUAUCAGAUAAAUCACGUUUUGAAUAUUUUAGCCGUGUUGUACCACCAGAUAAUUUUCAGGCACAAGCUAUGGCAGAAAUUGUACAAGCACUUGAAUGGCACUAUGUGAAUACAGUUGCUGUAGAAGGUGAUUAUGGUGAAAAAGGUAUUGCAUCAUUUGUUCAAAUAGCUGCGACUGUUGGUAUUUGUGUUGCAGUAAGUGAAAAAGUUGCGAGAAAUGCAAAAAGUGAAGAUUUUGAUAAAAUUAUUGAAAAUUUAAGUCAUAAUAGCAAAGCACGAGCUGUUAUAAUGUUCGUAGAUGAAGAUAAUAUUAGGAAAUUGCUACAUGCAACGAUCCGAGCCAAUAAAGUUGGCUACUUUUAUUGGAUUGGUAGCGAUUCAUGGGGUGCGAAAGUUUAUCCAGUACGCGAGCAAGAAAUUGCUGCCGUAAAUGCGAUUACAAUUUUACCACAACGAACAAAUUUGAAAGGAUUUGAUGAAUAUUAUUUGUCAUUAAGACCAAAGAUGAACCAAGAAUCAUGUUCAAACAGCGGUGUUUCUCGUAAUCAACCAGCAUUAGUUGAUAAAGAUACAUGGAUUAAUUGUCGUAAUAUAUGGUUUAAUGAAUUUUGGAGUCAACAUAACAAAUGCGGUUUUGAUAAAAAUUCAACAAGAAUAUGUAGUGGUUUAGAAAAGUUGAUUGGUUAUGAACAAGAAGGCUUAGUACCUUUCGUAGUGGAUGCCGUUUACGCAAUGGCAUAUGCCGUGCAUAAUUUCCUAGUUGACAUUUGUGGUGAUUCAGCAUUUAAUCAAUGUGAAGUCUUUAAACCUGAAGCGACUGGUUAUAAUCUAUUACGUUAUAUAAGAAAAGUAUCGUUUGUGGGGCAACAAGGUAAUACGAUUCGAUUCAAUGAAGAUGGAGAUGCUUAUGGGUUCUACAAUAUUUAUCAAUAUCAACAAACUGGCGACUCAAAAUAUGAUUAUGUUCAAAUCGGACGUUGGAAACAAGAAUUAGACUUAGAUAUUUCAACAAUGAGAUGGAAAGGACCUGUACCAAGAUUAGUAUGUUCAGAACCGUGCCCAAUUGGACAUGUCAGAAAUCAUCAGGAUCAAUGCUGUUGGUCAUGUGUUAGAUGCCGUGAAGAUGCAUAUGUUAAAAAUGAUACAUGUGAAACAUGUAAACCAGGUUGGGCACCAGACACGAAUAGAACAAGUUGUUUUAAAUUAAAACCAGAAGUAAUCGAUUGGAUGAGUCCAUGGGCUUUAGUACCAAUAUGCUUUUCAGGAAUUGGAAUAUUUUGUACAUUCUUUACUGUUAGUGUUUUUAUAGCAUAUAAUAGAACACCUGUAAUAAUGGCCUCGGGACGUGAAUUGUGUUAUGUAUUACUUUGCGGUAUCUUAUGCUGUUAUUGUACAACAUUUAUAAUAUUAGCUCCACCAAGUGUUAUACAUUGUACACUAUUACGUAUAAGUUUAGGACUUGGUUUAAGUAUUUGUUAUUCUGCAAUAUUUAUAAAAACAAACCGUAUAUCACGUAUAUUUAAUAAUGGGGUUAAAUCAGUUAAAAGACCCGGUUAUAUAUCACCAAAGUCACAAAUAUGGUUUUCUGUCGUUUUAGUUAGUAUACAAUUAUUGGGUUCAAUUGUAUGGUCAUUUAUUGAAAUACCAGAUGUUAAAGAAAUUCAUCCAUAUCCGUUAACAGCCGUUUUAACGUGUAAAGUUUCAUCAUUCUCUUUAGCACUAUCAUUAAUAUAUAAUAUUAUAUUAAUAGCAUUAUGUACAAUAUAUGCUUUUAAAACGAGAAAGAUACCAGAAAAUUUUAACGAAGCGAAAUAUAUUGGAUUUACAAUGUAUUCAACAUGUAUUGUUUGGUUGGCAUUUUUACCAAUAUAUUUUGGUACACGUAAUGAUUAUCAAAUUCAAAUAUCCAGUCUUUGUAUGUGCUUAAAUAUAAGUGCAACAGCAGUUUUAACAUGCCUUCUAGCUCCGAAAGUAUUUUUAGUUUUAUUUCAACCUUAUAAAAAUGUACGUCCAGGAAACGGUAAUCAGCUUGGACAUCGUGAUAAAAGUCGUACUGGUGAUAGUUCAGCUCCGAUACGUUUUUUAAGACAAACACAAUCGCAGCAUUCACAACAGCAAGCAAUUUCAUUACAACAAAUACCCACAACACAACAUUCGUCAACAACAGUAUCACCAUCAUCACCUGGUCCAUCAGCUAUGGAGGAAAGACGUUUAACAGGGGAUGAACCAGUGUCAACGAUAUCAAUGAGUGUGGAAACAGCUUUAAAUAGUUAAGAUGUUGUUAAAAGAAAAGUAAAUAGAUAGAAAAAAGUCUACCAUAACCUACGGAAAACAACAGAAAAAUAAAAACAACAAUGUACAGAAAAUUGUAUUAAAAAUUCAAAAGAGUGAAGUUUAAACCAACAAAUUUAUACAACAUAGUGUCAAAAUUGAGAAAGUUUUGAGUAUUUUACGUGUAAUUGAUUAUUAUAUAUAUAUGUACAUAUGUAUCAAUUAUAAAUAUUAUAUUAUAUAAUUACUUGUAUUAUUAACGGAAAUAAGACUUGAAAAAAACUUAUAUUAAUUUUAAAUAUUUAAAUAAAGAACGCACAAUGUCUCAGAUCAUAUAUGUAUAUAAAUAUAUAUAUAUAUAUAUAUAUAUAUAUGUACAAAUAAGAAAAAAAUGAAAGGAAAUGAAAUAAAUUGAUAAAAAAGUUGAUGCACUGUGUAAAAUGACAAUAUAACAAUUGAAGAGAAUUACAAAAAAAAAGAAAAAAAUAAAAAGACAACAUCACAUAGGUACUUUUUACAGCCUAAUUAUAAGCAUCUAUAAAAUUUUGUUUCUCAAGAUCAAUUUUUUCAAUUUUCAUUUUUAUGUCUUAAAAAUGAUAAUUUUAUCUCUUUUCCUGUUGUAUUUUUACAGUGAGGUACACAAAUAUCCUGGCAUCAGUAACACUGUGCACUAGCAAACAAUUCAGUAAUUCUAAUAAAGCCAUUAGCUAUAUUAGAACGAUAUUACUGUAAUUUCGAAAACUAUUUUUAAUAACACGUAUUAUGUAAAUAUAUCGUAAUUUUAAAAAUGACUUGAAAAUAAUGUAUUUAUUAAAUAAAAUGUAAUUUAAAAUUAUAAACUGAUGAAUUGUACAAAAAAUUAUAUUAUUAUAUUAUCCUGCGUUUUGGAAAUUAAAGUUUUAUUAUUAAGUUAAUUAUGUAAUAAAAUAUAUAUAUGUACAUAAUACAUAUAGGGAAACACCUACAUAAAUGCAACCUUUAUAUAAAU